GGGUGGUAUAUGUUUGUGUUUUUUUCCUGAUAUAAAUAUAUAAAAAAAGAAACGGGACAUGAUAUCAUAAAUAUGUUGAUUGCUGAUAUUCACGCGUUUCUAUAAAUUGACUAGAAAUUAUGAAAUGCAGAGAAAUAGAGAUUGAAGAUUUUAAUGUGCUUCACAAAACCAGUAGAUUAAACUAAAUAAAGUCCACUGUUAAGACUGGGAAAAAUAGUUCUUUAUCGGGUGGCUAAUUUUAAUAGAAUAUAAUAAAACGACAUUUAGCUGCUUGGCAAAAGUACAUGGAUAUAAUUUAAUUAUCUUUAUUAUGUAGAAAUCAAAUUGUAUUGCUCAAUUGUAUUACAAGUAUCUGAUUCUAAGGCCUAACUACAGUCUACCUGAUGCAUGUCGUGCAAAAAAUAUUUACACAAGAGGAGCUCAAAAGUAAGGAUUUUUUCUGGUCCAGUCUGACCAGUAAUUCUCUUUAGACGUUUCUACAACUUGACAUUAUUUUUCACAAUUUGCACCUGGAAAUUAAUCUGCUACAAUGGAAGGCAAAACAUUACAUGCUUUUGCUGGAAAACAAAGGCAUAUGGUGCAAAACGUACUCAAGUUUUCAGUUUUUGCAAAUUUGACACCACCUAUGUUAGCCUGCUAGAUAACAUUAUCAUGGCGACAGAUUAGCAGUUUGCAGCAGUGUAGGAAGUGACAUCGAUGGUGUCAAGUCUUUGAAAGAGGUUAAUGCAUUUAGCUAGUAAAUGAUAUCCUGAAGUAUGCUGCUUUGAUAUUUUUCUUUGUUAAAGUUCAAUGAAAUAGUUCUUAGAACUUCGGAGAGACAGAAAUUCUUAUCAUAAAGACAACAAAUGUUUUCUAAUUAUUUAUGGAACGGCUGUGAUUGAACUAAUACUACUGGAUGGAUAGGCAAGUGUUUUGUUGGUUAAUUAGUGACCGUCUUUUUGGCUUUAUUAUUUUUCACCUUCUGAUCAUGCCCCAAUAUGUCUUACAGCCAGCCCUCUAUCCUUCUUAAUUUUAUAUCCUUUUUCUGAUUUAAUGCCAUCUGUAAUUUUCUAAGCUGCUCAAUCAGCUGCUUUCUCUCGCCUUAUAAACAGUCCUCUCUCUUUUCUGUCUUUGCAACUGUAACUCCCACACGCGCUCUUAAUGUCAUUAACAGGUGCUUGUCCAAAAUAGAACCCUUGCCCAUAUACAAACACAAACAUCCGUCGAUCAGCUGACUUUCCCUCGACUGACUUUCCCAGACAUGCAAAACUCACACUGAUAUACACUGAAAAAUAUCAAAUGUGUCCAUGAGUAGAUAAAUACUCUUGCAUGAACCAUAUACUUGGGUGACUGAGCAGUCAAACACGGUCUCUACAACUUGAUUUCAUGAGCCCCAGUCUCAGUUUUCUCCACCCUUCUUUCUUUCUCUCUCUCUCGCUCUCUUUACAUCCCUCCUUCUCCUCCUCUCUCAGCUGAGUUUCAUGUAUGUAGUCAUCAGAUCUGCACCCACACAGAACAGAUUCUUCAAAAAGAGGAAUGCAUCAUCUUUUCACAGCUCUAUAAGGCCGAUAUCCAGUGUCUGUCAUCAAGUCUUUCUUUUCAUCUACCCAUUAUUCCUGUCUAGUUUAUCAAACCUUCUUGUGUUUUGUAGACAUCAGUUAAUUCCCACUCUACACUCUUCAGAAAUGACCCCCUGUUGCCUGAAUUUCUUGCACGCUGGAUUCUUUUUCAAUCACAGAACUUUGUAAUAACUUCCUGUUCUUUUUUUGAGCCUUCUUAUUAAUAUACUUCUCUGCGUGUUUAUUAUCUAUCCAUCUAACUCAAGACUCUAGUCUCCUGUUUUUUGCUUUAGUUAUUUGUUUGUCCCCUUUCGUGACUUUACCUCUGGGAAUUUCCUCCUCUCAUCUUCAAGUAUUGUGGUUGCCAUGUGGUCCAACUAUUUUUUGCAAAAGGAAGAUGACGGGAGAGUAGGUGCGGCGGCUCUGGGUGGAGUUGGCAGUAAGAGCGGGCGUCAAGGUAAACGGCCGAGGCCCCCUCGAAUGAGUGACAGCCAAGAGGGCAAGAUCAAGCUGGCAUUUUUUGUCGCCCUCAUAGGCGUGACACUGACGGUACUUGGCAUGGGUACAGAGUUCUGGGUGGAGUUAUCCCAGCCAAAACACUCCAGGAACAACCAGACAUGUGAGAUGGCACAUUACGGCCUUUGGAAAUUAUGCGUUCGCACGCUAUGGGUGUCAGAUAUUGACCCGGAGAGAGAGAGUUGUGGACCUGCAGAGCUACCUGGAGAAUCAAACUGCACGUACUUUAAAGUCUACACUUCUGGAGAGAAUGCUGUCAUAUUUAAGAAAACGACAGAAAAAGGUUUGCAUAUAGCAGGUGCAAUGUUGGCUUUGUUCAGUUUGUUUCUGAUGAUCAUGGGCUCUGUGUGUAUCACUAUGUCCCUCAGUAAGAGCGUGCCCUUCUUCCUCAAGCCUGCUACUAUCUGCUUCAUCUUCUCAGGUAUCCUGGUCUUCUUGUCCAUCAUAGUUUUCCACCAGUCUGUGCUGGCGUUAUUGGCAAGCGAUCACAGUUUCCCUCUCCAUCACGAGUUGUCCUGGUCAGUGGCAUGUCUUGGCUCGGCUGGGGCCAUUCUCAUUUUUGGAGGGCUUAUUUUCCUGUUGCUUUCCCUCCCCAACAACCCCCUGGAGAAAUGUUUUGGUCAGCAGAGCAGUAGUGAUGCCUAGCUGUCAGGGGGACUGCCCAUGAGUUGAGCAGCACAAGAUCUUUUAUACUCUUAUGCUGUUUGUGGAGAUUGACUGAUGUUAUAAAGGACUCUCAAAAAUGCUAAUGUUCAUAAUGUUUUGCAGUAACUAGCAUUAGUUUGCUUAUCAAUAAGAUUAUAGACCUUAAUGCUCAUACACCGACUCUGAAAUUUGAACUGAUAUUUCUAUGAUGGUUAUGUACAUAAAAUCAGCGACCAACAGAUCUGUUUACUGUCUUUAAAGGCUUCAUUUACACAACAUGUUGUGCUGUUAUGCAUUCUCCCUGUGCAGUGGUAGAAGAAACCUUAUUUGAUUACUAGGCAUAUAAUACUGGCUUAUCAAGUAUCUGUGGGUUAAAAGUGUACUUUUGUUUUUAUGGAAAAAUAUGCCAUCCUUUCAAUGCUAAAGGCCUGUUCACACCAAGUGUCAUAAGUGUCAGAUAACAUUCUGUUUAUUAAAAGAGCACAUACGCUUUUGUCAUACGCCGGCUUAAAUGCUUGAGCUCUUUAAAGUUGAGUGGAUUCUGACUGGCUGUCAGUGUUUUUAUCAUUCAUCAGCUAGAAGAAAAAAAAAAUCAUUAUGAAAAUGAUUCCAGCGAUAUUGUUCCUCUGUGGCAUUAUUGUUAUAGCUGUGGUGUGGAAUUCUCUAUUCUCAUGGAAUUAGUAUGAUUAUUCAAACUUUACAGUUAUCAUUUAUACAGUAACCAGUAUAGUUAUCCUUGGUGCAAAUAGGCCUUUAUUGUUGUUGUUAUUUCAACUGAUAACUAGCUUCUGAAGUUGGUUUAUGCUAGGAAGUGAUGGCUUGUGAACCAUCAUAGCCUUGCUGUUUAAUAGCAAAACUUGGCAGGUGAGCUUCAUUGACCAGAAGUAUCUUUUUGUUGAAGCUGGUUGACCAACAAAGUUUAGCUAGUGAGGCUAGUUAUAAAAGCAAAUGGGGACAUCAGCACACUAGCAUCAUAACACACGCUCGUGACCAGCUCCAGUGAUCCUAAAAUGUAACACUUUUGGCCACAUUUAAAAAUGUGAAAGAAACUGUUUAACAAUAUAUCAGUUGUUUUAUGAACCUUGCAAAUUUCUGUAUUUAAUGUUUCACUUGGGACGUGUCCUUGUACCGUCUUUCUUUUAAAUAAGUUAUACUUGGUCUAGCAGUCAGCAGACUUGAUGUAAUAGAUUUCAGUGCAUAGAUUUAGGAUGGUUUAUUUAUAUAAAUGUAAAAUGAUGCUUAAUACUUAAACGUAUGAAGCCGAUGCGUUUCUAUUGUGUGUAUAAUAAUGAUGUACGAAAUCUAUUGAUGUGGAUGAUACAAACUCACUGUUAAGCCACAUUUUUUAUGUAAAUACUGUGUGUUUAUAUUGUACUCCAGCUUUUCUUUAGACACAUCCCUCAUACUUAACACACUGUCCUUCACUGAACUUACUUCUUUCUUUUGCUGGAUGUUCUUCACUUGGUUGUUUGUGUCAUUCUCUAUUUGUCACGCUCUUACCCGUUCACUACCCGUUUGCUUGAGGAUUAAAUCUCUUUCACCUAAGACAGUCUCCUGCACUUGUUUCUUAAUCUCAUUCCUUCUCUUUUGCCACUCGCUCAGUCUAAAAUUAGAGCAUUGCUCAUCUAAGCACAUCAAGUUGAAGUGGAUGAGAAAUAUUAUCCUAGAAUGUCAACUAUGCCCCCCCUCGACGUUCUCUCUCAAUGUUGAUCGCUCUUAGGUGUCUCUACGGGUUUGGGUGGAGCUGCUGUUUCGCUGUGUCUGCUGUCCCGUUCCUCCGCUCCCACCCGAGUGUUUGUGAAUGCAGUGCCAGUACAUUUGGGAAGUGAGGAAAGGUCUGAGUCUCAGUAAGGGACUAUAUGACAUCAUCCAUCCAGUCUAACUAGAGCCUCCAUUCUGCUGUGUGUAACAAUCUAGAUUUCCUCAAACCGCAGAAAUAAUGGGUGGAGAGCAUGUUCCAGGAGCAACCGUCUCAACAUGCCCUACAGUGUGCUUAUUACUGCCUCUUUUAAUUUGGUGAAUCUCUAUCAGGUCUGUAGCAUGAGAGCAUGUCGGUUGAUCUGAUGGGGGGAGUUAAGGGUGGGUGCGGAGUUGGGAAAUUGGAGCUGUAGGCUGACACUCAAGCCAGAGGUCUGCUUGUAUAUAUAGCCCUUUAAUAGUGCUUGUCAGACUAGCGAGCUGUUCUUUCACUUUUUAUGUGUACGAGAGCAUAGGGGGAAAACAGGAUAAAACAGGAUCUGCUGGCACAGGUUUAUUAAUUGUCGGUCGAUACUGAAAUGAAUGCAUGUUUGUGGGUGGGUACAAUGAAACCCUCUCUAGACAGUCCUCCAAUAGUGAGAAAGUGAUGGCCCGCCCAUCUGGAAAUUAGGAAAAAAUUUGGUCAAUAAUUGUCUACAAUAUUACAGAAAAUUAAAAAAAAGAAAUCUAAUAUGAUUCUGCGAAAUAUCUAGAUUACAUCUUAAGGUGCAGUUAAAAG